AUGACUGCCGAUAGCACAAUCCCAUCGCAAGCUGCCGUCGCCUCACAAAACACAUCAAACGGCCAACCUCGAACCAAGAUCUGCGUCUACUGCGGUUCUGCCCCAGGUGCGAGUCCUGCUCAUAUUGAAGCUGCUCGCGCACUUGGAAAGGCCAUGGCUGAGAACAACAUUGACUUAGUUUACGGAGGUGGAACUGUCGGACUUAUGGGCGAGGUGGCGAAGAGCCUUUGCGCCAUCAAUGGCCCUGAUUCUGUUCAUGGCAUCAUCCCCGAGGCUCUGGUCAAGUAUGAGCGAGACGGCACUUAUGGAACUGUCAACGAGCACAACCACAUUGUGCCUGAGGAGUCUGUCUACGGUCGCACAACGGUCGUCAAGGACAUGCACACUCGAAAGAAGCUCAUGGCCGAAGAGGUCUUUGCUGGUGGUCCCGGCAGCGGUUUCAUCGGAUUGAGCGGUGGAUUUGGUACCAUGGAGGAGAUUUUCGAGACAACCACUUGGAACCAGCUCGGAAUCCACAACCGUGGCAUUGUUCUACUCAACAUUGAAGGUUAUUGGGACGGUAUCGUUCAGUGGAUGGAUCGUGCUGCUGAGCAGGGCUUUGUUAAGCCUGCCAACAAGGACAUUCUGGUGAAUGCCGAUACCCCUGAAGGUGCAAUCCAGGCUCUCCGUGACUACAAGGUUUCGGAUGCCAUCUACCAACUCCAAUGGGGUAGUCAGUAA